AUGAGUGGACGCGGGAAGACCGGUGGUAAGACUAGAGCUAAGGCCAAGACUCGUUCAUCCCGUGCCGGCCUUCAGUUCCCUGUGGGCCGUGUUCACAGACUGCUACGUAAGGGUAAUUACGCCGAGCGUGUGGGAGCUGGUGCUCCUGUCUACUUGGCUGCCGUGCUGGAGUAUCUGACCGCUGAGAUCCUCGAGUUGGCUGGUAACGCCGCCAGAGAUGACAAGAAGUCUCGUAUCAUCCCUCGUCAUCUGCAGUUGGCCGUGCGUAACGACGAGGAGUUGAACAGACUGCUUGGAGGUGUAACCAUCGCUCAGGGCGGUGUGCUGCCUAACAUCCAGGCUGUUCUGUUACCCAAGAAGACCGAGAAAGCAGCCAAGGCCAAGUAAAGUCGCUCUCGUGUUCUAACCA